GUCUCCGACAUGCCACCAGCAUCGAGAAUCCGCAGGCCAAGCCCACCAGGCCAAGUUGAGCCAUUGUGUUCUGCUGCAAGCGACACAGUCAGAUGGGACUGUGCACCAAUGAGAAUGAGUUGGGAGCGAGAACGAGCAUCGCCUCUAACCGAUACGGCCAGUACGGCAAGGACUAACCUAAGCGAAUGAGAGAUGUCUGGCUACGAUUCAUCAUACGGUGCCUAGAUAUUCAAAAGCAGUGCAAACCCCAACGAUUUUCCCACGUUUGGCGCAUCCCAGAACAAUUUCUAGAUCUCCAUCCUAGAUCUCAAGCCCCGGCUCGGUUCGAUUGAUUGCCGAUCAUGGGUUCCAAACGUCUCACAACGCUCGCCAUUCUUGCCGGACUCACCACCCUUGCGCUUGCGGCAGAAGAUAGGCCCAGAGGAAACUUCAGGCAAUGCACAGAAGUCACCCCCCAAUGCCCGGCCAUCGCCACAACAUAUGGAUACUAUCCUAUCUUGAGCGUCAACGCCUUCUUCCUCGCACUCUUCGGUCUAUGUUGCCUUGCAUCCCUGGUCAUUGGUGUCUGGACAAAGACAUGGACGUACACGAUCGCACUCGGUAUUGGGACACUACUCGAGACUGCUGGAUAUGCUGGACGCAUUCUUUUGAAUGGAAACCCGUGGAGUGACUCCGGAUUCCGCCUGCAGAUCGUCUGCUUGAUUCUGGGUCCAUCACUGGUCGCUGCCGCAAUCUACCUGACACUGAAGCACUUUGUGCUGUACUGUGGUCCACAGUACUCUCCACUCAAGCCACGCCUAUACCCCUGGGUCUUCAUCGGUUGCGACAUUGGGUCAAUCGUUCUACAGGCUUGCGGUGGUGGUAUCGCCGCCGCAGGUGGAAACAGCGACAUCAAGCUGCUCAAUGCUGGCAACAACCUUAUCAUCGCUGGUAUCGCUUUUCAGGUUGCCACUAUGGCUUGUUGUGGGUUGUUGGUUCUCUUUUACAUCUGGCGAUACCGCAAGGGUGCCGUUCUGAGAGGUCAGCUCAACGAGAAGAGCAACUACCAGCUCAACAAGGAGCAAGGUACCGUCUCGCUUGGCAAGAUCAAGCUGUUCGCUGCAGUGGUUUCUCUGUCCUACUUCACGGUGCUCAUUCGCUGCAUCUACCGUCUACCAGAGAUGGCUGGUGGCUGGGGCAAUCCGCUGAUGCGCAAUGAGAAAGAAUUCCUGUUGCUCGACGGAAUGAUGAUUGGCAUUGCAUGCGUCUGCCUCACCGUUUUCCACCCCGGAUUCUUCUUUCCUCCAUUCGCGGCCUUCCGCCACGGUAAGAGGCGCGUCGACUCUGAGUCAACCUAGAGCUUCGAGGAAUCCAAGAAACGUACAUCUUCGAAAGACACCGAUACACUAUAGACGCCGUAGGGCGGGCAUUGCUCUAUUCAGCCAAUCAGCCAUCGCGACAUUAUGCAUAGAAUAGCUCAGAAACUAUCAUCAAACAAUAAAUUUAUUCAUUGUCCCCACGAGGACAACAAUCUGAAAUGGCAG